AUGAGUUCCAUGUUUAAAAAGAAGGGCGGCCUUGCCUUCAAGCCAAAGAUCCCAUCUGCUCGCCCACGCCCCGCGAUCCCCGCCACAGAUGUUCAAGUCGAGAAAGAGGUCGUCGAGCCGGAGUCAGUAGCGAUCGCGGCGGUAGAAAGCCCAAGUUUAGAUACAAGAGAGAGUUCCAGCAAUGUCGCUAGCACUAGCGAGUCUGAGAAUAUCGCCUCUCCGGAGUCGUCCAGCAUUGCGAAAACAAGCCCGAUUGCUACAUCUGAGCCGCCGACUCAGGAUGUCUCUGGGCUGAAACCUCAAGAAAACACCGAAACGCCUGUCGAACAACAACCAAGCGUGCCAGAGAUACCAGAAGUACCCCCUACUGUGGCGGAAGAAGCCGCGACAACAGGUCCGCAGCACUUUGAGCCACCGAAUGUCCAUAAACAACGAGAGAUAACAGAUGAUAACAUUGCGCCGGAACUUCGAGAUCCACCACGCCCAACUCAAAACAUCCAAGACACGGCGCAAUCUUCAUUACCCACAACCGAAGAAAUCACACCGGUUGCUACUCCAGCACCAUCCACCGGCCCGAAAACAAGAAGCAGGAGGAAAGCACCCGACUCGGCGCCAGAAAAUGCCAAUGGAGACGCAGACGCUGAAGCACCACCAAAGAAACGGCAGCGCAAAGCUGCGGCAAACGAAGAUGGCGCCACUGCUCCGAAACCCAGACAGCGCAAAUCAUCCUCUCGGGAUGGAACAGCAACACCCCAAACACGGGCGAGGCGAGCCCGCUCAGUAACGCCAGACGACGCAGAAACCCAGAUUGUCGAUUUGCAGAACCUGAAAAUGACCGACUUGACAAAAGAUCUGCAUAUUGGCAAAAAAUUCAGCCGCCACGACGAACUACGGGAGCGAGAGCGACAGUCUAGAAUAAAGGCCAAGCUCAAGAAGGUGCUUGGCGACAGCAGCCGCGAUGGAUCAGAAGCACCAGAGACACCCCAAGACGACCCGUCCAUCAAAAGCAAGAGCGCUACGCCCACUGCCAUGCCCACGCCGGCAGCGCCACCUGCUUCUGGCCCCCAAUUCCGCAUCGUCGACGGCCAGAUCAUCAUCGAUCAGAGCUCGCUGGUUAUGGACAGACACGCUCGCGCCGCGGCUACAAGAGGGGACAUGGAAACCGUCGAAGAAAACGACUUCACGCGGCUCAUCACAAGCAGCUCCUUCAUGAACACCUCCAAGCUGAGAGGACCCAACAUCUGGACCGAUGAGGAAACCGAGCUGUUCUACCGCGGCCUGCGCAUGUUUGGCACGGAAUUCGAGAUGAUCUCCAAGAUGUUCCCCAACAAGCAGCGCCGGCACGUCAAGCUCAAGUACAACCGCGAAGAGCGCCACUGCCCGCACCUCAUCAACGCAGCCCUAAUAGGCGAGAAAACAGUGCGCAUCGACAUUGACGAGUACAAGGCCUUUACGGGCAUUGAGUUCGAGUCCGUCGAGUCCAUCGAGGCCGAGCAGCGCAAGAUCCAGGAGGACUUUGAGGCCGAGCAGAAGCGCAUCGCCGACGAGCAGGCCGAGGUCAUGCGCAAGAGGCGCGAGGAGCUGUUCGCCGACGAGGACGGAGAGGACGGGAAGAAGAAGAAGAAGGGCAAGAAGAAGGGGAAACAGACUGUGCAGUACGGGCUGAAUGGUGAACCGAUUCUUGCAGGGGAAGCUUGA